GUGAAAUUAUUAGGGAUAUUUUAGAUAUUUGGGUCACCCAAACCAAAGUUCGGUCUUGGUUAACAGUUUUUGGAUGAAAAUUUUAACAAAAGGGCAUGUUUGAUAAGUUUUCCAAAUUACAGGGGCAUGCUUGAUGUAAAAAAUAGUAGAGGAGCAUGUUUGAUAAAACGUCAUAGUAGAGGGGCAUAUUAUACCUAUAACCCUAAAAAAAAUUAAUUUAUUUUCCCCACCGUCAUAUUUCUCCAACCGUUCUCCUUCAUUUUACUUCCCACUAAUUGAAAAAAAAAAGAUAAAAUAUAGGAUACAUAAACAUUGCUCUCUCUCUCACCGAUCUGCUCACAUCCACCAUUUUAGAUAUGCUCCCGAAAUGAGUUUAUCAGCAACCAGCCAUCAUUCCUCGUCCCGGGUGAUGCGCUUGCCCCAAUUCGAAAUGAGACGAAUUCUUAUUAUGGCCAAAUCCUUCCUUCUGGAUGCUGAGAUUUGACCCAAAUCGACGAGAUUCGACGAUGAACAACCCGGAAGGCAACAAAGGAGAAGCUGGGAGAGCAGAUAGUCAAGAUCUGUGUUUGCUGGCCAUGAAGCAAUCUGCGGCAGUGAAACUGUGUCUACUCGUUCGGCGCCCGGCGUUAAUUGCACUUUUCCGGUGCCUCCAUGGAUUCUUCAACCUCUCCACCUCUUGCAUCUUCUUCAAUCCCGGCAUGGCAGGGGAGACGCGCGGCUCCAGGAAUCCUCCGAUGGGUCUUCGAGCCUCAUCGACAUAGAGAGCAAUGGCGAGGUGGAGAGUUUUUGGUGGGGUUUUAUAUAGGGGUGGGGAUUUAUUUAUGAGUGGCGCCAUGCUUAGUGGGUGAGAAGAAGGGUCUGGCGGAGAGGGUAGGUGAAGGAAUUUGAAAGAGAGAAGAAGAGUCUGGGUAGGCGAAGGGAUUGGGGAGUGGGGAGUCUGGGUAGGUUUUGGAAGAUGAUGGGCAAUGGAGAAUGGGGACAGCGGAGAGGGUAGGUCUAGGGAUUGUGAGUCUUUUUAUUAAAUUGGUUUCCUUUUAUUUAUUUUUGUUUUCAUUAAUUUAUUUUUUAUUUUCAUUAAAUUUUAUUUUUAUUU